AUGUCGAAGCCCACCAGUUUCAUGAGACUUGCAAGUCCCAAUGAGCGCCGUACAAUCAGUCGUGAAGAUGUCGGCUUUUACAACGCGCUUGUCAUAGCAGGAGUUUACGAGAUUCCGGGUGAAGAUAUUGAUUUACAUUCCACCCAGCCAUUCCUCGCACCUUUAAGGCACUGCAUAGGGAAGUACCCGCAAUUAAGCGUGGUUAUCAAGGAUAAGCAUACCGACAAGCCAGCAUACGAAGCUGUGUCGAGUAUUGAUCUCCACGAUCAUGUGUCUGUAAUUCAUGAAGAUCAAACCAGUAGCAAGGACGAGACAGCAACCAUUGAAAAGAUCAUGCCAGCCAUACUUGACCGGCCAUGGCCUGCUAAUAUCCCGCCUUGGCGGAUUGUGGUUCUCCCUCUGGAGUCGCCGCAAGACUCUCAAGUGAAGCGAUGCUUUAUCGCCUUUGCGUUCUCUCAUACCCUCGGAGAUGGCAUGGUUGGAGUUGCCUUCCAUCGCACUUUCCUAGAUGCAUGGCGCCAGACUACUGAAAUGAAGGAAAAUGCCUCUUUCUUAGUCACUCCUUCAAGCCGAACGCUCCCAGCGCCCUUUGACACACCCGAAAGACUUCCGAUAUCUUGGAUGUACCUCCUCGAGCCGCUGAUAGCAGUUUACUUGCCGAAGUUCCUAGGCAAGCUUUUUGGGCUGCGCGCAUCUGCCAGCACGCUAGAUGCCGGGACUUGGAUUGGACCACCCAUGUUCUUCGAUCCGGCCGCCGGCGUCCAGAGCAGAGUACGAAUCAUCGAGAUUGAAGCCCCGCUUGUCCAAAAGGCCCUUCAGACGUCAAGAAGUCAUGAAGCGAAGCUCACGGGAACGGUACACCAAAUGAUUCUUCGGGCGCUCAGCAAGGCUAUCUCUAGCCCUGAUGUAACCAAUUUUGUCUCGGGCACGCCUGUCGAUAUGCGCGCGUCUAUAGGAACUCCUGGUCUCACAUGGGGUCUUUUCGUGUCUGGGCUUUUCGAAGCACAUCCACGGGUGCUGAAUGUCACGGAGCCUGCUUUGUCCGAGGAUAUGUGGGAAGCCGCAAGGUCGAUGACCCAAAAGCUUGCUGCCUGCGGGGCGAGGCUGCAGGACCAAGCAGUUGGUCUGCUGAGAUAUGUGCCCAACAUCAGAAAUUGGACGUUGAGUAAGAUUGGACAGCAGCGAGACUCGUCGUAUGAGCUGAGCAAUUUGCUUGCGUUUGAUAACAUGACCGACGGUGCUGAUCAAAAGUGCAAAGUCGUCAAGAUGGUGUUCUCGCAGCCUGGCAAUGUCACUAGUGCGCCACUUGUGUUCAACGUCAUCAGUGUCAAAGGGGGUAGCUUGGUGUGCACGGUGAGUUGGCAAAUUGGAGCCUUAGAUGUGCCGGUAGAGGAGGAACUGGCAUUGGUUGAUGGUAUAUGUUCUUCGAUUCGAGCGGACUUUGAGGCCUUGAAGGAUUGA